AUGACGGAAGUAUUGGGAUACGUGACCGAUGUCAUAAAAAACAUCAAUGCGGGUAACUUAAACUAUUGCCAAAACGUCUCCUACCCCGGCGACAAUGUCGAACAAUUCAAAGAAUUCGAGGCUGCAAUAAAACAACUCGUCGAUCGACAAUUAUAUCUCGAAAAAGAAGCAGCCAAGUAUCAAGCACUACUCAGCGAAACCGAUUCUGUAAUAAUAAUUAAUCCUAAAGAUGGCAUAACAACCGAUAACUCGAGCGAAAGCGACACCCUUAGCUCGGCCUCAUCUCCAAGUAUAACAUCAAUCGACUCUACCGACUAUUCUAGUGCAAGAUUAGUAAAUUUACAGACUGAUAAUACAAUUAUUUCCAGUACUGGCGAUGCUGGCAUAGACAUAUCAAAAAUACAUCACCUAAGCGCACCCGCUUACCCAUCUAAUCUAUUCGUUGGACAAAAACAUCCCUCCUUUCAUGACGAACGCGUCUGUCCGAUUUGCCUUCACCAGAGUGUAGAAGUAGCACUAGCCGUGACAGCUGGUGACUUUAAGCGUCGCAUCACAUGUCCAUAUGCCACAGGCCCAAUGUUGACUCUUAAGAACGCAAUCAACACCAUGGCUGAUACUAUUGACGGUCUCUUCCUCGAACUCAUUCACGUUGCUCGCGAAGUCGGUGAUGAAGGAAAAUUGGGUGUCAAGGCACAAAACCAAGACUUGGAUGGAGCCUGGAAAGAAUUUGUGGUUAAUUUAAAUCUGGUCACUAGUAAUCACUCCAAGCAGGUCAGAGACAUUGCUGAAGUUUGUACCUCGGUAGCGCGUGGUGAUUUGAGCAAAAAAAUCACAGUUGAGGUUAAGGGCGAAACUCUGGUUCUCAAGAAUACGAUAAAUACUAUGGUUGACCAAUUGAAUUCGUUUGCAUCUGAAGUAACCCGCGUAGCACAUGAUGUCGGCACAGAGGGUAAACUGGGCGUGCAAGCAGAAGUCCAAGGCGUCGAUGGCACAUGGAAGAUUCUUACUGAUAAUGUCAAUACUAUGGCUGCUAAUCUUACUGCACAAGUGCGGGAUAUCGCUAAUGUCUCAAAAGCCGUAGCACGCGGUGAUCUAAGCAAAAAGAUUACGGUAGAUGUGAGAGGGGAAAUUUUGGAUUUGAAAAAUACAAUUAACACUAUGGUUGAUCAGCUUCAAACUUUUGCUACAGAAGUGACUCGUGUAUCUGUCGAAGUAGGCACAGAAGGGAAAUUGGGUGGACAAGCUAACAUAAAGGAUCUUGGCGGCAUAUGGAAAGACCUCACGGACAAUGUAAAUCUUAUGGCAUCUAAUCUUACUGGUCAAGUGCGUGAUAUUGCUACUGUGUGUAAAGCCGUGGCCUGUGGUGAUUUGUCGAGAAAAGUCACCGUACCUGUACAAGGAGAAAUAUUAGAGUUAAAAGUGACUAUAAAUACUAUGGUGGAACAAUUACGUUUGUUUGCUGCAGAAGUAACACGUGUUGCACGUGAAGUGGGCACUGAGGGUAGACUGGGAGGUCAGGCGGAAGUCCAAGGUGUCGACGGUACAUGGAAAAUUCUAACGGAUAAUGUCAAUACAAUGGCUGCUAAUCUCACAGCCCAAGUGCGUGACAUUGCAAACGUGUCAAAAGCCGUAGCCCGUGGUGAUCUAAGUAAGAAAAUUACAGUAGACGUUCGAGGAGAAAUUUUGGAAUUGAAGAAUACUAUAAACACUAUGGUGGAUCAGUUACAAACGUUUGCUACCGAAGUAACUCGUGUAUCAUUGGAAGUCGGUACGGAGGGCAAAUUGGGUGGACAAGCUGUUGUAAAGGACGUCGAGGGUACCUGGAAAAUCUUGACAGACAACGUCAAUAUAAUGGCUGCCAAUCUUACCACACAAGUACGAUCCAUUGCUGAAGUUACAACAGCCGUAGCUUGUGGCGAUCUGAGCAAAAAAAUUAUUGUCGAUGUCAGAGGUGAAAUAUUGGAAUUAAAGAGUACGGUAAACUCUAUGGUGGACCAAUUGCGUAUGUUUGCAGCUGAAGUAACUCGUGUAGCUCGCGAAGUGGGUACUGAAGGUAUUCUAGGUGUACAGGCACACGUUAAAGACGUUGGUGGCACGUGGAAGGAACUCACAGACAACGUAAAUACUAUGGCAUCGAACCUUACAGCUCAAGUACGUGACAUUGCUAGUGUAUCAAAGGCUGUAGCAUGCGGCGAUUUAAGCAAGAAGAUUACAGUAGACGUUAAGGGAGAAGUAUUGGAACUGAAAAAUACUAUCAAUACUAUGGUGGAUCAGUUACAGACGUUUGCUACUGAAGUAACUCGUGUAUCAUUGGAAGUCGGUACCGAGGGCAAAUUGGGUGGACAAGCUGUUGUAAAGGACGUCGAGGGUACUUGGAAAAUCUUGACAGACAACGUCAAUAUAAUGGCCGCCAAUCUUACCACACAAGUACGAUCCAUUGCUGAAGUUACAACAGCC